AUGCUUCUGCGUUCUGUUCUAUUCCUUCUCUUGUGUCUUCCAUUGGCAUUGGCCGCUUCUGAUAAUGUCAACACAACCCAAAGCCCCAUAACUUUAACGAAAGGGGCAAACAUAACCAAGCCGAGAUGUCCGAGCAAAUGUGCAAAUCUAACAGUUCCAUACCCUUUCGGCAUUGGCUUAGGCACUGGUUGUUCCAUAGAUCCAUUGUUUGAUAUUAGCUGCAACACUUCUUUCAAUCCACCCAAGCCCUUUCUCAGCUACACAAAUCUCGAAGUUACUCAUAUAUCAGAUUCUCAUGUGCGCAUCAAGAAUUGGGUGGCUUCAAGUUGCUAUAAUCAACUUGGCAACUUGACAGCGGGAUUCGUUGUAUCUGUUGGUUUAACACAAUAUUUUAGCUUUUCUGAAAUGAAUAAAUUCACAGUUGUUGGAUGUGACGACAUAGCAAUAAUAGCAGGAACCAAAGGGCGUAACUUCACCGGUGGAUGUGUUUCCACCUGUUCGUCAGAGGAAAGUGUCCUUGAUGGGGAUUGUUCAGGGACGGGUUGCUGCCAAACCUCCGUACCAAAGGGCAUGCAGAGUUUUAGUACUUAUAUGGAAAGCAUUGAUAAUCACACUAAUGUCUGGUCUCGUUGUGGUUAUGCCUUUCUUGGAGAGCAGGACAGCUUUACGUUUCAUAAAGCGAACCUAACUGAUUUGAAAUUCAGGAACAGAACCGCAUUAAAUGUCCCUGUACUCUUGGACUGGGUGAUUGGGACUCAAAACUGCACUGAAUCUCACAAAUCCAACAAUGUUAGUUGUCAUCAGAACAGUAGAUGCUUUGAUCCUCAUAAUGGUCUUCAAGGAUAUCGAUGCACCUGCUUCGAGGGUUAUGAGGGCAAUCCAUAUCUUGAUCCAGGCUGCAGAGGUCAGUACCAGGCUUUUGCACCAUAA